GACACACACACACAGAGGAUAUAGCUGCUGUGCUCCUGUUCUAAUGAGAAGCUGCGCGAAGGUUUUAGACAAUGCAAGAAGCUACUGUGAUGGCAGAACACAACUGCUCCAAGGGAUCGUACGUGACAUUAGUGUGCCCUUCGACUUCCUGUGAGGCCUUGUGUCAGAUUGUCCAUGUAAAGGAUCUAGCAAGCUCUUCCCUGAAUGCAUCUCUGGCACUGGAUCCAGCAGGGAGUUCACUUGAUUUUUACAUUGGCCUGGUCUUGGCCAUUUUCUCCAGCUGCCUCAUCGGCAACAGUGUCAUUCUAAAGAAGAAAGGGCUGCUGCGAUUGGCUGAAGUAGGUAGCACCAGAGCAGGGGAUGGUGGCCACGGUUACCUGAAGGAUUGGAUGUGGUGGGCUGGCCUUCUAACAAUGGGCAUUGGAGAAGCGAUGAACUUUGCUGCGUACGCUUUUGCUCCUGCAACAGUUGUCACUCCACUCGGAGCACUCAGUGUCCUGGUCAGUGCUGUAUUGUCAUCCUACCUCCUGCAAGAGAGACUGAACCUGUUGGGGAAGAUGGGAUGUGUUCUGUGCAUCCUAGGGUCAACCAUCAUGGUGAUUCAUGCACCUCAAGAGGAGGAGGUGAAAACACUGGAAGAAAUGGCACUGAAGCUUAAAGAACCAGGGUUCCUGGUGUUUGCUUGCCUCUUACUGAUCACAGUGCUCUUCCUCAUCUUCUACACGGCCCCCAGACAUGGACACACCAACAUCCUUGUCUACAUUAGCAUCUGCUCCCUCAUUGGGGCUUUCUCUGUUUCCUCUGUGAAAGGAAUCGACAUUUCCAUUCGAGGGUACUUCGCCAAUCUCCCGGUGUACAAACACCCGUUAACCUGGAUUCUCAUCUUCUCUCUGCUGGCCUCCAUCAUCACCCAGGUCAACUACUUGAACAAAUCCCUUGACAUUUUCAAUACCUCAGUGGUCUACCCCAUUUACUAUGUGUUCUUCACCACAGUAGUUAUCACCACGUCAGUCAUCCUGUUCAAAGAGUGGUACAGCAUGUCUGCUAUCGAUAUUGUGGGUACUGUCACUGGCUUCGGAACCAUCAUCCUUGGUGUAUUCAUGCUUCAUGUCUUUAAAGACCUAAAUUUCAGCCUGAAGAACUUGCCAAAGACACUCAAGGCACAAGAGGGAGUUUGCGUCGCUCCAAUGCUCAAAUUAGACGACAAGCACAUCCUUAUAGAAAGCACGGACAAUGCAGUAUUCACUGAAGAGAAGCCCAAGGUCUUUGUAAUUUACGGGUGAAGAUUUUGGAUUCAUGGACAAUUUUUUUUAAAAAGUGCUACUAUGACAACCAGAUGUAGGCAGACUAUGAAAUUAUUUGGUGUUUUGAUGCAGUGCCUUAUCAUGUGAACAUACUGUAAUAUGUUAUGCCCAAUGACCUGCAGAAAGGUCAGUUCAUUCCACAAGAUUUCAAUUCAAUCUAGAAUCUAUACUGCAGAUUGUGGUGACAAUAUAAGUCAGCUGAUCAGAUGUAAAUCAAAUCUGACUCUCAAUAAUUCCAUCAGAGGAGCAGGAAGGCUGACGUU